CGCUUCUGGGUUUGCCUUAUCUCCCAAACUAUUAUUCUUUUCAACGGACAUGGCAGCUUCUUCCACAACAGCAUCAUCAAACUUCUCAACAUCUCUGAGAAACUUACACAUUCAUCCACUGCGCUCCAGACACAGUUUCUCACGACUGUCACUACCUGCGAGAAAACAUCAUGAUCAUCAAUGCCGAUAUGAUGUAAGAGUGAAGUGUGUGGGGACAGCGAAGUACGAUGGGGUGGUGGUCGACGAAGAGAUGGACAAGAUAAGGAGGCUUCAGAAUGGGUCGGACGUGAGAGGGGUGGCGUUGGAGGGAGAGAAAGGGAGGAAGGUUGAUCUCACUCCAGCGGCGGCUGAAGCCAUAGCAGAGAGCUUUGGAGAGUGGGUCAUCAAUGGCGUCGUCAAGAAGGAGGAGGAGGAGGGUGAUGACGUGAAAAGUGUUGUGAGGGUGUCUCUCGGGCGUGACCCGAGGAUUUCCGGGUCGAAUUUGAGCGUGGCGGUUUUCUCAGGACUUGCUCGAGCUGGUUGCAUGGUGUUUGAUAUGGGACUGGCUUCCACACCAGCUUGUUUCAUGAGCACUGUGUUGCCACCAUUUGCUUAUGAUGCUUCUAUUAUGAUGACGGCAUCUCACUUACCGUACACUCGGAAUGGUCUGAAGUUUUUCACAAAGAAAGGAGGGCUAACGUCUGUUGAGGUAGAGGAAAUAUGUGAUAAAGCAGCUCGAAAAUAUGCAAACAGGCUUGCAAAAGUCUCUACUUUGCUCAAUACUCCUCCUGUAAGAGUAGAUUUCAUGAGUGCUUAUGCUCAGCAUCUCAGAGAAAUCAUCAAGCACAGAGUCAACCAUCCUCUUCAUUAUGAUCUUCCCUCCAAGGCUGCACAGAUAAUAGUAAACGCAGGAAAUGGGUCUGGUGGAUUCUUCACCUGGGAUGUGCUCGACAAGCUCGGUGCUGACACUUUUGGGUCUCUUCAUCUCAACCCAGACGGCAUGUUCCCCAACCACAUUCCUAACCCUGAGGAUAAAACCGCCAUGGCCGUGACCAGAGCAGCCGUCCUUGAGAACUCUGCCGAUCUCGGCGUUGUUUUUGACACUGACGUUGACCGGAGCGGCGUGGUGGACAAGAAAGGAAACCCCAUAAAUGGUGACAAGCUGAUCGCCCUAAUGUCCGCCAUUGUACUGAGAGAGAAUCCAGGAUCUACCAUAGUCACUGAUGCUCGAACCAGCAUGGGUCUCACAAGAUUUAUAACUGAUAGAGGUGGACACCAUUGUUUGUACCGAGUUGGCUACAGAAAUGUGAUAGACAAAGGAGUUCAUCUUAACAGGGAUGGAAUUGAAACUCAUCUUAUGAUGGAAACUUCUGGACAUGGUGCUUUGAAGGAGAAUUAUUUUCUGGAUGAUGGGGCGUACAUGGUUGUGAAGAUUAUAAUUGAAAUGGUACGAAUGAAACUUGAAGGAUCUGACAAAGGGAUUGGUAGUCUCAUUGAAGAUCUUGAAGAACCAAAAGAAUCCGUAGAACUAAGGAUGAACAUCAUCUCAGAACCCAGACAUGCUAAGACAAAAGGAUCUGAAGCCAUCGAAACAUUUAGAAACUACAUUCAGGAAGGGAGACUGAAAGGGUGGGAGUUGGAUUCUUGUGGGGAUUGUUGGGUGAGUGAUGGAUGCCUCGUAGAUACAGACGACACACCUACAGCCAUUGAUGCUCACAUGUACAGGGCAAAAGUCUGGGAUGCAGAGAGAGGAGAACGUGGCUGGGUUCACAUAAGGCAAAGCAUACACAACCCAAACAUUGCUGUGAAUAUGCAAUCAACUGUAAAUGGUGGCUGCUUGUUAAUGGCAAGGGACUUCAGAGACAGAUUUCUCAAAGAAAGUGGAGUGGAUGCAUUUCUUGACAUCACCCAAGUUGAAAAGUUUGCUGCAAGUGGGAGUACAGCCUAAGCUUCAAUUAUCUGUUCUGUUCUACACACAGUGAGAGACUAAGGUUGGACUUAGUGCCAACAAACUCUGGCUAUUUAGUGUAUUGAAGCAGUUUUCGGGAGUACAUAAUUUGUGUUUGAAUCCAAGUCAAUGUCAAACAAAAGAAAGUUGUGCUAUCUCGGUUUGAUCAUAAUGUACAGUGAGAAAAAUGGAAAGAAAGUAUAUAAAUAUAAAGGAGUACAUAUCAUAUAUAGAUCAGCAAUUUCUAUUGAGUCAGUGUAUUUUUGUAUUUUAAAGGUUCUAUAUCACAGUUGCAGCAGGUAAGUCCUCUGUUUCUCCCCUUUUAAA